UUGACAAUUGACAAUCCCUCAGUCAGAAACUUGUUUACUUGCAGUAGCUUGCAGAGGUUAAAUUAGUUUGCCGUUCAUCAUUUCCACAUUUCUCUAUAAAUAUGGCAAAUACCAAUACAGAUCUGACCGAAGAGGAUGCCGCAGAUUUGCAGUUUCCUAAAGACUCUCGUCCCCAACUGCCCACCACGAUUGCGACCGUUUCGAAUAAAAGCGUGGUGUUGGGCUGUUGUUCAAACUGUUUCAAUGAACUCGUUUUGCGGUAUAUAGUCUGUGAAAAGUGUAAAAUCAAUAUCUGCCUGGACUGCUUUGCCAAUGGGGCCGAAUUUGGCAACCAUCAAAACGACCACGAGUACCGGAUUUUCAGCACCAACUUCCUACUGUUCGAAAACUCCGACUGGACUGCUGAGGAGGAGCUGAAGUUACUCGAGUCCUUGCUGUUUUACGGCAAUUGGAGGCUGGUAGCUUCAGACUUUCCGAACAGAACUAUCGAAGAAAUCAAGGAGCAUUAUGAGUACUUUUACUUGGAUGGCAAUGCCAAUAAAAACCUGCCAGUGUGUAAGAAAGAACUAGUCAUUCCAGAAGUGGCAAUUCCAUAUAGAUUCCAGUUAACCGACUCCGAAGAGCCUCCUCGUUACGCUUGCAAUACUAUCGGCUACCAGUCUUUGGCCGGCUACAACGCGCCUAGGGGGGACUUUGAAAACGAAUACGACAAAAACGCCGAAGAUCUACCAGCCUCGCUUGAGCCAAUAGAUCCGGAGGAUCCGUACUAUGAUAUCUUGACAAACUUGCAGUAUGCAAUCACACAGAGCUACAACAACAGGCUGCGGGAGAGGCAACGAAGAAAAGAAGUUAUCGCAAAGCAUGGCUUGCUGCUGCUGAGGAAAACCAUCGCCUGGCUGCACAGGUACGACCAAACAAUCACAAAGCCAGUCUACGAAAAAUUCAUGAGGUUCAUGCACUUGUGCGAACCAACUAAGUUUGAGAUGUUAAUGGAGGGAAUGCACAGGACUGGCGAACUGAAAAUCCACAUUCAAAGACUGAUAAGUUUAAGAAAGAAAGGAAUCACCACAUUGGCAGAAGGAAGAAUGUACCUACACUUAGAGCAAAUCCGCCAGGAGCACAAGAAACAACUGAAAGUCUUUCGGUCAAAGCCCCACUAUAAUUGGAGAAGUAUAAAGGCAUCCUCGGGAGUGGCGGAAAUCCCGAAAUGGUCGCGAAAAAAGUCUUUUGUUACUCCACUGGAUAUUAUUGGAUUGCCCGGUUAUGAUAAGUUGUCUGAAAAAGAGAAAGAAAUGUGCUCCAAUGUGAGGUUGGUUCCUGAAAGUUACGUGGGACUAAGAGACAUUUUAAUUGCGGAAAAUACCAAGUCGGGUCAUGUGAAAUUGCAACGCGCUCGAAGCCUGUUGAAAAUCGACGUAAAUAAAACGCGAAAGUUGUACGAUUUUCUGGUGUCCGAAGGCUAUAUUAACAAAUAAGUUUAUUCAAUCGACUUGUUUUUAUGUAUCAUUGCAUGUAAAUUAUAGGGCGUUGCUUAGAUGAGCAAAAAGUGAUUUUUAGUGCCUAAUAUAUGCUAAAUAGGAAUCUGUAAAUAUUUCACAUUUUAUAGUUAGUUUUUUGAUAAAGCCAUCAUCCUGC